ACUUAGUUGGAGCUAAUGAAGAAGAAUAUGUCAUCUAAGUUUCUCUUUCUGGCUCUGACUAGUCAGGACAUCUCGAGAUCAGCACAGCGAUGGCACCAACAGCAUCACAGUACAUCUGGAUGUCACCAGAGACGCUUGGUGUGGCACAGCCUAGGGCUAGUUGCCAGCACACCAAUUUUAGGGUACCCAUUUGCCUUGUUCCAGCGCUGUUUCCUCUUCCAGAAGGAGGUCUACCUCAUUCACCUGUACAACACACUCACAGGGCUCUCAAUUGCCUACUUCAACUUUGGGGCACAGUUCUUUCACUCCCUGUUAUGUGUCCUGAUCCAGUUCCUCAUACUGAGACUUAUGGGUCGCACAGUCACUGCCGUCUGCACCACAUUUUGCUUUCAGAUGACAUACCUUAUGGCUGGCUAUUACUUCACAGCCACAGAGCAUUACGACAUCAAGUGGACCAUGCCACACUGUGUCUUGACUCUCAAACUGAUUGGUUUAGCCAUCGAUUAUUAUGAUGGAGGACAAGUUGUGGAGGUCCUGACCCCAGAGCAGCAGCGAUUUGCCGUCCGGGGAGUUCCUACCUUAUUGGAGGUCUCGGGCUUCUCCUAUUUCUAUGGUGCCUUCAUGGUGGGGCCCCAGUUCUCCAUGACAGACUAUCAGAAACUGGCAAGGGGUGAGAUGACUGAUGUUCCAAGCCAGAGACCCAACAGCUUUGUGCCUGCUCUCAAGCGCCUGACCUUGGGCCUCAUCUUUCUGGUAAUCUACACCCUGUUGAGCCCAUAUGUUUCUGACGAAUACUUUCUCUCUGAUAAAUUCCUGGAGCAGUCUUUCUGGUUCCGUUGCUUUUACAUGUUGGUCUGGGGCAAAGUGGUACUCUAUAAAUAUGUCACCUGCUGGCUUGUCACGGAAGGUGUUUGCAUCCUCAUUGGUCUUGGAUACAAUGGGCAGGACGAGAAUGGAAAGCCAAAGUGGGAUGCCUGUGCCAAUAUGAAGGUCUGGUUAUAUGAAACAACGCCCUUGUUUACAGGGACGAUCGCAUCCUUCAACAUCAACACCAAUGCCUGGGUGGCCCGCUACAUCUUCAAGCGGCUGAAGUUCCUUGGCAACAAGCUACUGUCACAGGCACUAGCUUUGUUUUUCCUGGCUAUUUGGCAUGGAUUGCAUUCUGGCUACCUGGUGUGCUUCCAAAUGGAGCUCCUUAUAGUCAUUGUUGAAAAACAGGUUGUCAGUCUGGUGCGCAACAGCCCUGCACUGAGCACUUUGGCCUCCAUCACUGUCCUGAAGCCUGUCUUCUACGUGCUGCAGCAGACUAACCACUGGAUGUUCAUGGGUUACUCCCUAGUGUCAUUUUGCCUUUUCACUUGGGACAAGUGGCUGAAGGUUUACAGCUCAGUUUAUUUCAUAGGCCAUGUGCUGUUCCUCACCUUACUGUUUGGGUUGCCUUACAUCCACAGAAUGCUUGUGCCACGGAAAGAAAAGCUAAAGAAAGCAGAGUAACAGCCAGAAGAUUGUACCGCGUGUGCAUUUGUCACAGGGGUGUUUGGAGUCCUUGCCUGCCAAGUUUGCUGUGUUGAAGUCCAACCCUUCUUUCAAAGUGAGGAGGGGGAAGAGAGAGCACAGGGUCAGAGAUCCAAGAAUGAGGGAUACAGGAGAAAACCUCCCUGCAGUACCCCCAUGCUACAUGUUGCCUUAUCUCUCUACUGCCCUCUGGUGGACACUCCCGUUCAGAUGAUUGUAAAGCACUCAACACAGCCCCUACAUGGGAAUGGAGCCACAUCCUGACUUUUCUACGUUUCAGUUAUGCCAGAUAAAAAAAAUCUGUUUUUA